AUGAGAUUACUUAAAAGAUUUGUUUAUAUCUUUUACAUUACAUUUUUUUUAUUAAUAUUAUCAACGACAAUUAUUUUCACAAAUGCAUUUUCAAUUUCAUGGGUUUAUGAAGAUCUUUUAGCACAUCCGCAAUACAAAGUCGUUGUUCUAGAGAAUCAACUAAUACCAAAUAGCAGGAUUGAAAAUCAUGUCAUUGAAAAAGUACAAGCAGAUUCCAAUAAUGUUCAGGAAAUGAUACAAAUUGAUCAAUCAUCAUCAUCUGGAGAAUCAUCAGAAAAAUCAAAACCAACCUCAAUAAUAAUGCGUACAUCAACUGGUCAACCAUAUGUUUGCAGUAUACCUUAUAUUGACAAUCAAACAACUAUUGAAGAGAAUAAAAACAACAGCGACGACAAUAAUAAAAACAAUAAACCUGAAGAAAAUAAAGAUGAUGAUAUCAACCUCAUGAAAAAAGGUUUAGAAUUAUUAGAACCUUUGAAGAAAAAUUGCCUGUACUAUAUAAAUGGAUGGUGGACUUAUGAAUAUUGUCAUAUGAGACAUGUGAGACAAUUUCAUCAAAUCAUUCAAGCUGGGGGGAAUCAAGUUGUUGAAGAUGAAAGUAGUGAGUCUUUUUUUUUGGGAAAAUAUGACCCACGUCAUGCAACCUUACCAUCACCUUCAGAUAAUGACGAUGAUAAUAAUAAUUUUGGCGAAAAAAAAAGGACAUUAGGUACAGAUUUACAAGUUGGUGGAGGAAAAAAAUACUUGGUUCAACGUUGGAGUGAUGGAACUAAAUGUGAUUUAACUGGUAAUCCUCGUAGAGUUGAGAUUCAGUUUCAUUGUAAUCUGCAAAGCCGUGAUUAUAUUGCCGUGAUUACCGAGAUGUACACAUGUCAUUAUCUUGUAAUUGUUCACACAUCACUUUUAUGCACCGAUCCUGCUUUUCAUAAUACAUCUUUCUCAAAAAUCAAUCCGAUUGAAUGUAUACCGGUGGUAUCUGAUGCAUAUUAUCAACACGUUAUGGAAAAAAGAUUAGAAAGUGGUUUGAAAGGCAAGUCAAGCAAACAACAUACUAAUGAAAAGGGUGAAAAAUUUGAUAGCUCAAAUAAUCAAAAUCAACAACAGCAAGUGAAUCAAGCUUUAAAUAAAAACAAUCCAGAAUCAACGGAUAAUAACAAUGAUAAUGAUAAUGAUAAAAAGGACAUAGAAAUGGCUCGAAAUAAAAUAAAAAUGGAAAAAUUGGCAGCAAUAGCAAAUAAAUUGCUUGAGAAUACAAAUAAGCAACAACAAGAUGACGAUCAUGGAGGCAUCAGAAAAAUAAAGAUUCUUCUUUUAAAUAAUAAUGGAAAUUUAGAGCAAAUUGGAACCAUUGGUAAUGGUGGUAGGAGUAACAGUGAGAAUUUAAAGGAAGGUGAUGAUGGAAAAAAAGAAUCAUCAGAUUUUGAUUUGGAAAAUUUAUUAAAUAAUUUGGGAAUUUUUAAUACAAAACAUGAAAAAGUGUUAUUUGAAGAACAGAAUAACCAAAAGGGUCAUCAAGCAAAAUUAAGUAAGAUCUAUGAAACAAGAUUUGACUCUGAUGUUGUGGAUGAUACAAGGAUUGAUGCGGACAAUGAAGAAAAGAAAUAA